UUGGGAGAUAUUGGAUUGGAGAGAGAGAACCGUCAUGUCGUAAACAUUAAACAGUUAUGGUGGUCGUGAUGUAAUUGUAGUGGUUAUUUUUCUAUAUUUUGUUAUUUUAUGACAAUUUUUAUAAAUGUUAAUAAAAUGUCUACUCUUUGGACUCCGGCUAAAGAGAAAGACAGAUAUGGAAUAGCAAUACACAACUACCAGCAGGAAGAGGAACCAUGGAGGAUAAAACUGACAGUGGGGGAGUGUGUGCACAUUCUGGAGGAGAAUGGGGACUGGUACUUCGGGUUCACAGCCAAGAACAGGGGCUUGCGCGGCAUAUUCCCCAAGUGUUACGUCAAGAUAAUGGAGAGUAUCGUUGACAAGUCCGGGCCGACGGAGGUGACAGUGUUGAAGCAACCACACAUCGUACAAGAGCUGACGUCUGUUCUCCGUGAAUGGGGUACCAUCUGGAAACACCUCUAUAUUACACACAAUGAGAACUUCAAGAAGAUUGAGCAUAGCAUGUACGAGUUGAUGAAGAAUAGAAGUCAGAUCCUGUCUGGUACGUUGCCUGUCGACGAGUUGAAACAGGUCAAAAUACUUGUCACCGCAAAAAUCGAUAUGGGUAACAAAUUACUGGGGCUAGACAUGGUGGUCAGAGAUGAACAUGGAAACAUACUGAAUCCUGAGCAAACUUCCACCAUACAGUUAUAUAAGCAUCAUGAGAAGGCAUCAGAGAGAAUACGAAAAGCUAACUCGGAGCCGAUGAACAAGAAGGUUCCACGACCGUUAAGCCAACAACUGACGCACACGCUGUUUGUGUCCAUGCGCAACUUUGUGUGCAAAAUGGCUGAUGACGCUGAGCUCCUCAUGACACUUUACGAUGGCAAGGAGAAUCGAGCAUUUACCGAGAGCUACGUGGUACGAUGGAGUCGAGAGGGACUGGCUCGUGAGAUAGACCAGAUGCACAACUUACGUGUUCUGUUUACGGACUUAGGUUCUCGGGAUCUGGGUCGGGAGAGGGUGUACCUGGUGUGUUACGUGGUGAGGCUAGGAGGUAUGGAAGUGAAAGAACCGGACAAAGACAACAAGAAACACUCCCGCCAGAGUGUCUCCAAGCCACCUCCGGUGAUAGAAGUGUUGAGGCGGCCAUAUGGUGUGGCAGCCAUGGACAUCACUCUCUUUGUCGCCGGCAAGAUGGAGACGGACGAGGACAAACAUCACUUCUUGCCGUUUCUACCGUGUGAAAAAGACAAUUUGGAAGGAACGCUGAAAAGAAUAUUGGCAAACAAAGAGUUAACCCAAAGAGAUCACAAAGGACAAGGUCUCUAUUGCAGUUUCAAAAUGCUGCAUGGCGAUAUCAAACAGGUGCGGGAGGAGAACCCACACCUUGUGCUAGGACAGGUAGCUACAGCACGCAAGAUGGGGUUCCCGGAAGUGAUCCUGCCUGACAACGUAAGGAACGACCUUUACCUGACCUUGGUGAAUGGGGAGUUCUCCAAGGGGAGCAAGUCUACGGACAAGAAUGUUGAGGUUACCGUGCGAGUCUGCAGCGAGAAGGGGCAAGCUCUACAGGGUGUGAUCAUGCUGGGAGGAGGAGUGCAGUCUCAGAACGAGUACAGGUCUGUCAUCUACUACCAUGAGGACAAGCCAAGGUGGAGUGAGACGUUCAAGAUAGCUGUCCCAAUCGAAGACUUUAAGGGCUGUCAUCUCCGAUUUACUUUUAAAACACAGCUUUUGCUUGUUUUCAGGUCCUCAAAUGAAACAAAAGAUAAAAAUGAGAAGCCCUUUGCUCUGAGCUAUGUGAGACUCAUGCAAGAGGACGGUACCACACUGCGUGACACACAACAUGAUUUACUUGUGUAUAAAGUUGACCACAAGAAAUUCGAUGCCAAUGAUGUCGGAUACCUGAACCUCCCUUCCAAACGCAGUGAGCUCAUUGAAGGUUCUAAACCCUCUCAUGGCGGUCUGAUCCUCACCAACAAGGACUCCUUUACAAUACACACGAAUGUCUGUUCCACCAAACUCACUCAGAAUGUUGACCUGUUGGGUCUGCUGAACUGGACAAGUCAGCCUGAUACUCUUGCUGAUAGUCUCAAUGCACUCAUGAAAGUGGAUGGAGAGGAGGUGGUCAAAUUCCUGCAAGAUGUCUUGGACGCUCUCUUCAACAUUCUCAUGCAGAACUCUGACUCAGACGUUUAUGACAACAUGGUCUUCGAGUGUUUGCUGUACAUCAUCGGUCUGGUGUCUGAUAGAAAGUAUCAACACUUCCAGCCUGUUUUGGAUCUCUACAUUCAGGAGAGCUUUAGUGCGACUCUGGCAUACAACAAACUGAUAGUGGUACUGAAGCACCAUGUAGACAAUGCCAACUCUUCAGAAGACAAGGAUCUACUGUUGAAGACGAUGAAGUCACUGCAGUACAUCAUGAGGUUCAUUGUACGAUCUCGUAUUCUCUUCUCAGAGUGAGUAUUUGCUUCCACC